AUCCAAAUAGUGCAAAUGUUUGUCGAUAUCAAUUAGUUGGCCAACGAAAUGAUUUGUCGCUUGUGCUUAAACGCAUUGGACGAGCAGAAUGCGGUGUUACUGUUCGCUGGCGCCGACAAAGAGGCCAACGAAAAUAAGACAAUACCGGAAAACUAUUUGGUCCAAUUGAUAUCGACGCAUUUAUAUCUCUGUCUCUCUCGCGACGAUGCCAUUUCCACAUCCAUUUGCACCGAUUGCUGUGUGCAAUUGGAGAGUUUUCACAAUUUCUGGAAGCUGGUGGAGCACAAACAGACAACGCUCUGCAGUCAGUUCCUGGAGAUUGAUUGCGAUGUCAACUGGUCGGAGGAGGGCGAUGUGGACCAACAACAACAACUGCAGCAACAACAACAACAACAGCAGCAGCAUCAUCAGUUAGCAGCCAUCAUUGACUUUAAGCAAGAGCCGGAGCCCGAGUUGGAUGCCGAUGAAACGCCUGCAGUCUACGAUGCAAUAGUUAAAGACGAAACCGAAUUUCAUGAAUCUUACCUUAAGGUCGAUCCCAAGGCAGCUGCGGCGGCGAACAAGUUCCCCUGCAUGUUUUGCGAAAAGUCUUUCAAAAUGCGGCGCUAUCUCGAAGAGCAUGUGGCCACACACACUGGCGAUCGCCCCAUUGCUUGCGCCUAUUGCAAUACAGCAUUUCGUUGUCGCUCCAACAUGUACACCCAUGUGAAGACCAAGCACAACACCCAGUGGCAAAAGGCGCGCGCCGAUCGCGAAUCCGCCAAGAUUAACAGUAAUAACAACGUGCAAAUCCAAAGAGGCGUCAAUGGUGACAGCGAUAAGUUUGCCUUGGAUGCCAUAACGUUGUCGACCAGCGAGCCGCAAACAAACGAACAACAGCAACAACAGGAUAUACUAAAUAAAGUAGUUGCAGCUCAGCCGCCUCUGCCAGCGGCGACGCCUCUAAAAAUCGAAGCAACUGCACCGCUGCCAUCACCACCACCGCUUAGCAUUGUCAAGUGUGAGCCAAUGGAGGCCAUCAAUUUGACGGUGGCCAAAGUGUGUCCGCCAACGAUCCCAGCUAAGCGAGUGACACGCUCCAGCCGCCGUAAAACGCAUUCGCCCAAAAAGGUGCAGCAUACGGAGCGCAGUGCCAGCGCCAGCGAGGAUAGCAGCAAUGACGCCGAUCUCGCUGAUCUGCACAAGAAGCGCUUGAAGACCGAGCUGCGGACGUGCAAGGAGAAUGAACUCAUUCUUGCCAACUAUAAUGCUGUCGCCGCUGUCGUUGCUGCCGCCGCUGCAAAUCAUCAUCAUAAUAAUCAACAACAGCAGCAGCGACUCUGCGCCACCAUCAUGCAACAGCAUCAGGAGCAGCUGCUCACCGCCAUGGCGGCGGUCAGCACAAGCGCCAGCACCAGCACCGGCACCAGCUCACUAGCAACCGCCGCAGCAGCAGCAGCUGCAGCCGUUGCGCUAAGCACCCAAAGCAGCACACCAACAAUAACCCCAGCGCCUGCUGCUGUUGCCUCUGCCUCUGCCUGCGUUUCCGUUCCGGCACCAGCAUUGCCCAACGCAGAGGAGCCGUACACGUGUAGCAUCUGUGGGCAGCAGCUGCGCAAUCAGCGCGCGCUCAACAAUCACCUGCACAACAAGCACAACACAAUGCCCGGAUCCAGUCCCAGUCACUCCCUGGCGUUGUCCAUCUGCCCCAAUUGUGGCGAGCUGCCGGGCCAGAAUCAUCGCUGCCACAGCAAAGCCAAAUACGCCUGCGACAUCUGCGGCAAGUCAUUCAAAAUGAAGCGCUAUUUGGAGGAACACUUUGCGACACACACAGGCGUCAAGCUGCACACGUGCGCCUUCUGCCCCACAGAGUUUCGCUCCAAGUCGAAUAUGUAUCAUCAUACGAAGCGCAAGCACAAACUUGAAUGGGAACGCUCCCGUGCCAGCCGUAAUGCGGCCAAAUCAGCUGCUCACGUGGAGCAACAGCAGCCGCCGAUGCAGUCACAGUCACAGCCUGAAGACUCAGCCACAAAUUCCUAGAUCAACUGGAAGGAUGCAGCGAAAUCCAGAAUGCGUUUUUUUGGGCUUGCUGUGCCGCCGUCGACGUCGCCGCCGCCGCCGCUGCUGCCGCCGCAGCCAUUAUAUGUAUAAUCAAUAGUUACUUUUUAGCGUGUCUAGCCGUACGUACUUAUAUGCAAUGCAUAAAAUGUGCAUUCUUAGCGUAUACCGGAACUGGAAGUGAAGGCAUGCUGCCGCACAGUCGACAUCCCAAUGCCAGUUUCCGAUGCUGUUGUAUAUAUACUUACCUUAUGCUAUACUCCUCCUUUUAUGCCUUACCUUACAACUAGACGUAAAGCACCGCUUAAUCUCCUCCACUCGCAAUUAAUUUCUGUCUUAUCUCACAUAUAUAUACAUAUAUAAAGAGACAUACAUUAUACAUUCAUCACCUGUGCAUCAUCUGUACAUCAUGCAAUCUGAAUUUCAUUUCAUUUUCUUUUAUAUUGUAUUGGCUUGUAAUUCUCAAUUACAUUUCUCGUCUGUAUACAAAUUGC